AUGGAGUGUGAGAGAUCAUCGUCGUCCACGUCAUCUGAAACCGGAACCAUCCAGCACCACCGUCGUACGUCAACCUCGUCGUCGGUCUCCACCGUGACAAGACGAAUGUACGAAUGCACUUUUUGCAAAAGAGGUUUUACGAACGCACAAGCUUUAGGUGGUCACAUGAACAUCCAUCGACGUGACCGUCUCAACAAGGCCAAGCUACAAAACGAAGCUGGUGACGUGGCACUCUCCGGUGAUCGAAGAUGUUUCCACGUGGCGGUGUCUGAUCCCCGAGGCUACGAGCUAGUAGAUUCCGUCAUGUUGAGGACGACCACCUCGAACUUGAGCUUACGAAUCGGUUCGAUGGCUACAAGGAGAGAAAACGUUGUCGUUGAAGGAGAUGAGAUCGACUUGGAGCUACGUCUUGGCUUUUGA